UCCAAGUCCCUUUCCGAUACAGACAAGCCCUCGAUGGCUGCACUGUCGUCACUCAACCGCUCGCAGGUAGGCAUGCUGAUCUGCCUGUCAUCAAGCAGUCUUCUGGCAGGGACCUGCAUGCUCAUCUACGCGCCAUUCUUCACGCAUGAAGCGGACGCUCGCGGUCUGAGCAGCACCGCCUCUGGGGCAGUCUUCAGCAGCUUCGCGCUCUCGCAGGUGCUAGCCUUCCCGGUUAUGGGGUGGCUGGCGCCGAGGAUCGGCGUGACGCGGCUUUACAUGAUUGGUCUGGUGCUUGUUGGCGUCACCACGGUGGUUUUCGGUAUCCUCGGCUACAUCAGCCAGCCCGUCCCGUUCCUGGCCUGGUCUCUGGUUGUACGCGUCGCCGAAGCCGUUGGGACUUCGGCGGCUCAGACUUCGGCGCGAACCAUCAUCAUCAACCAGUUCCCGGAGCGGGUCAACCUGGCCAUUAGUCUGGAGGAGGGCAUGGUUGGGGCUGGACUGUGCCUGGGCCCGGCUCUCGGCGGCGCCCUGUACGCCGUCGGCGGCUACGGGUUGCCGUUCUACGUGCUUGGUGCGCUGUUCCUGGUCACUGCCGCCACCAGUCUGGCCCUGAUGCCGACAGUGAAGGAACGCCCCAUCGAGAAAAGUGAAAAGGGCGCCGGAGGCCGAAGCUACCGUGAGAUGCUUCUUAUGUUUCUCUCUUUUGCCGAUAUCUGGCUCAUUAUUGCCACGAUUGUGAUGCUUUCGCUCAACUGGACGGCCUUAGACCCCACCAUGGAGCCGUACGUGCACAUCACUCUAGGCAUACAGCCCGCUGAGCUGAGCCUCUUUUUCUUGGCCUCAUUCGCCGGAUACACACUCUCCAGUCCACUCUGGGGCCGGCUUUCCGACAAGGUCGACAACACGUUCCUCCUACUGGCCGGCUGCCUGGCGCCGAGCGCGCUCGGCGUGCUACUGAUUCCUCCGUCACCGAUACUGGGUCUCCAGCCGUCCCGUCUGCUGCUUGGUGUGGGGAUGACGCUGCGCGAGGUGUUUCAGAUUGGCGCUUACCUACCACUCGUGCCUUUGAUGCUCCGCAUCUCGACAAAUCGAGGUCUGGAGAGUAACCUACGCAGUCAGGCUAUGGUGUCAUCCGUGUUGGGAACGACGUUUUCGUUUGGUAAUGUGCUGGGUCCCUUUGGAGGUGGACUGGUGAUAGACACAUGGGGAUAUCCGAUUUUUGCCACUUGGCUCGGGGUUAUCACCGUUAUUCUUAGUGUGAUAAUGACAGUUAGAGGGAUAGUUUAUCAUGUAACCCGGCGGUAAACGCCUUUGUUUUCAUGUUAUAAACCCUUGGGUGAUCUAUGCUGAAGCUGCUAGGAAUACAUAAUAUGUAUAUUCAUUUGAAUAACUCAGUAUGUAAUGUAUUUAAAGCAUUUAUUGGGUUUUCCUUAAUGAGUUGUGGGAUUUGUGGCUACCACCGACUGGUUUGCUAGGAAACUUGGGCACGAUUGUCAUCAUUGUGCAGGAACGCAUAUUCGGUUUUGCUUGUCUUUGUAAUAGGUACCUACAGUCUGUCUUAAAAGUACCGCGCAAGGUGACGGUGGAUCCAUCAAGCCUGACCGAAGAAGG